UGCAUCAUGCCCUGAGGAACAUACCACGGGCAAGGGCAGCCCUUACUGCUGCACGGACAGCAGCUAAUGCUGUGUACAUACCCCCUGGUCUGCAAGCUGAGAUCGACACUCAGUCUGGGUUGUUGCACGCGGAAGAGCAUGACUACAAGACCGCCUACUCCUACUUUUAUGAGUCGUUCGAGCAGAGCAGCGCCCUGGAUGACCCCAAGGCAGUCUACAAGUUGAAGUACCUGCUGCUGUGCAAAAUCAUGACAAACAAUGCCGAAGAUGUUCCAGGCAUCAUUAGCUCUAAGGCUGGCCUCAAGUACAAUGGGAUCGAGGUGGAUGCGAUGCGGGCUGUGGCCCAGGCUUACAAGGACCGGUCAUUGCAAGCUUUCCAAGAAUGCCUGGAUCAAUACAAGGAGCAGCUUGCUGGAGAUCCUGUCGUUCACUCCCAUUUGUCUGUCCUUUACGAUACUCUCAUGGAGCAGAAUUUGUGUCGGCUGAUUGAGCCCUUUUCCAGGGUUGAGAUCGACCACAUCGCCAAGCUGAUCGAAUUGCCGACAGAUGUGGUGGAGAGGAAACUGUCACAGAUGAUCCUGGACAAGAAAUUCGCUGGGACGUUGGACCAGGGGACGGGGUGCCUGGACUUCUUCGAGGAGCCCAAGGAGGAUGCUGUGUACCCUGCGGCCCUCCUGACGUUCGAAAACACUGGGCGCGUGGUGGACAAUCUGUUCGAGAGGUCGCAAAAGAUCAUGGCAUGA